UUUUCAUACCCUUAGACAAAGAAAGAUUCCGUACAUAACCGGACAUUUAACAUGCCCAAGUCUUGAAAAAGGGUUACGAGAAAAAAUGUUAAGAGAUUAUAUUAUUGAGAAUAGUGCAGCCUCUCAAAAUGUUAUAUAGAUAUUAUCUAAUAAUUUGCUUUUAGGUUUUUACGUGAGGUCAUUUAGGAAAUCUUUGCUUUUCAAUCAUUCCUUUUAUUAUGAAUCAUUAUUUUUACAGAAAAAAAUCCAAGGUGAAGAUUAUUUUGGACUGUUACUUCAUCCAAAACUAUCUUCCCCAAACUGUUGCCACACAAUUGUCUAGAAUGUCUAGAAUGUAGACUGUGGCAUUACAGUUUCCCUGCACUCGAACUAAGAGGCCCAAACCAGUUCCAGGAUGACAAUGCACCUGAGCACAAAGCAAACUCCAUGAAAGCAUGAUUUGCCAAGGUUAGCCAAUCCCACUGAACAAUUUAGGGAUGCAUUUGAAUGAACCUUGGCAUCCUUGCGCUACAUCAGCACUUAAUCUGACUAAUGAACGCUCAAAUCCUCACAACCACACUGUAAAAUCUAGUGAAAAGCCUUCAGGAGAGUGGAGGUUAUUAUAACAGCAAAAGCAAAUAAAUCUGGACUAACAUUGGAAUUAAAACAGCACAUAUGAGUGUGAAGGUCAGGAGUCUACAAAUUUCUAGCCAUAUACUGUACAAAUAUUUACAUAUAAAUGCUUUAUUUAUCUAUGAAAAUUGAUACAAACGUUGCUAUGAGAGUUACAUUAUCCAGCUGACAUUACCUAGCUUCAUUAAACCUAAGCAUAGUAUAUAUGUGUCUGACCUCAUGCUAUAUUUAACUACAUUCAGUGUAAGUCACCCCCACCCAAUGAGCCACCUCCCCCUAACCCCCAUGGUGUAUUUGGCAGACCCCCUCGGUCCUUGGACGAGCCGGGUCACAUUACUCAGUCUGUUUCUGAUCCAUAUACAACCAAAGUCACCUACAGACACCUCCAAAGCACAGGACACAAUGUCACAGCACUCCUUAAUGACAAUAAGAGAGAGGAAAAUGCAGGCAGCAGCUAUUUGCAGAGAAAUCCAAGGCACUGAUGGGUCUAGGAUGGAUCUUGGCCGAAAGGCAAACACACCUAAAGAAAUCAUGCUGGAAGAACUCUCAUUAGCUUCAAACAGGGGAUCUCGACUCUUCAAAAUGCGCCAGAAACGCUCUGAGAAGUACACAUUUGAGAGCAUUCAGAAUGCAUCUCUCCGUAUGACUGAUGGUGUGAUUCCUCCUGCACCAGGUAUUGAAACCACAGUUAAUGGUGUAGGAGUUGACCAAGCAUCAAAAACUCCUCCAAACACACCUGACCCACAUACCAUGCCUAAUCCUGACUGUAUAGCCCCAGGUUAUGGAGGUCCCAUGAAGGAUGUUCCAGCAGAGAAAUUCAACCGCACAGCUGUUCCUAAAUCCUACUUCUCUCUGUGGGAGCAGGCUCUCAUCAGUGAUCCCUCUCUAGCAGACAUGGUGCAUUUACAAAUGCCUGAAUCUGAGCCCACACCUGAGAUUCCACAGUACAAGAGCUUUAAUCGGGUGGCAACUCCGUUUGGUGGUUUUGGAAAUGCUCCUAAAACUCCGGUCAAGUCAGCUGAAGUGAACAUUCUCCCAAGUGCCUCCACUUUUCCACCCCCAGAGGAUGAGGCUGGCCCUGUGCCCUCACGACCCUCCUUCAACAGGACAGCUCUAGGCUGGGUGAAUGAUAGUGCCCCUCUGUUUCUUGCCUCUGCCACCCUGGAGCCCAAAUCAUCCAGGCUGCCAAUGUUUAUCCCUGAAUCUGAAGAACUUUGAAUUUCACUUGUGUGAUAAAUAUAAUUGAAUCUAAUUUAGGUUGCAUAUUCAGGUAAUAUUAAAUGGUAUGUAAAAUUGUUUACAGUGUCUCAGUGACUGACCAUCACUGUAUCUGUUUCAGUUCUUUUAUAGAAAAGCAUUGCAGGUAGUAUCACACAUUAUCUGCUAUAAGUAAUGUAAGAGUUUUCCUUUCUACAAAUAAUUGUUUAAUUACAAUGUCAUGUGAUGCUACCCCCUUACAGUAUAACUUAUUCUAUUACACCCACUAUAACUAUUCACCUAUACACCCUUGAAAAAUAUCACAUUUCACACUGGAUUAUGUAUGUAAUGUUUGACCGCAUGUUAAAACAGCAUUACAAACACAUUAUGCCCAAUUUGCACAUGGAAACUCAAGUAAACACGUAUCACAAUGUGAAUAAUAUGUGACAAAAAUAAAAAACAAAUGCCCUACAUAAACAUCUUUCUGUAAUAAAGACCGGCUAUUAUUGUUGU